AUGGGUCUGGAUGAUCAGGAUGAUCAGGUGCGAAUUCCCGCCGUGUACAUGCGCGGCGGCUCGAGUAAGGCCAUCUUCCUCCACGAGCGUGAUAUUCCCCCUCCAGGUCCAGCUCGAGACCUGGUUUUGAAGCGUCUGAUGGGAACGCCGGACCCCAUACAGGUGGAUGGCAUGGGCGGAGCGAAGGCCGUGACGUCCAAGAUCGCCAUCCUCUCACCGUCUACGAGAGAGGGCGUGGAUGUUGACUACACCUUUGCCCAGGUGGGAGUUCGCGACGACGCGAUCGACUACAAGCUCAACUGCGGCAAUAUAUCUGCCGCCGUAGGUCCAUAUGCCAUCGAUGAAGGUUUCGUCUUGUCGUUCCGGGCCGGCAAAUCCUGGUCCGGGGACCUCCACACGCAGGAAGUCCGCAUUUUUAACACGGGCACACAGAAGGUCAUGGUUGCUCAUGUCCCCGUCAACAAGUGGGGUCGCUCCGUCACGCAAGGCGCCGUCGAGAUUGCGGCGGUGCCCGGCACUGGAGCGCCCAUCAUGCUAGAUUAUCGCGAGACCGUUGGAGCGGGCUUGAACAGUGGCAUUCUCCCGACUGGCCGUCCGCUGGACCACGUCCAGGUAGAGGACAAGACGGUCUCAUUCACUAUUUGCGACGUUGCCAAUGUCUACAUCUUCGCCUACGCGGCCGACUUCGACGUGACCGGCCACGAGUCCGCAGCGGACUUGACAGGAAAUGCCCUGCUCUUGACCCGAGUCAGUGAACUUCGUGGCAAGGCCGCGCAGAUGGUGGGAAUGUGCCAAGACUGGACCAAGGUAGACGAGCAAUCUCCUUUUAUCCCGAUGGUCAUUCUGUUGGCCCCUCCUCCGCGGGACAAAAAGAGCCAUGUAUCCGGUCGACUGUUUCUCGACAAUAUGUGUCACGAGAGCAUGGCCGGAACUGGUUCCAUGGCAUUCGCAGCCUGUAGCCGAAUUAAAGGCUCCGUGGUCUUCCAGCAAGUCGGGGAGAAGCAGACCAGUGAGGGUUUUCUCCAUAUUGCUCAUCCUCUGGGCAUCAUGUCGGUUGCGGUCGAGACCGACAAUACGACGGUAUCGACAACCCCAUCGUUUAGAACCCUUUCCUUUGUCCGCACGGCGAGGCGGCUCAUGGAUGGUCAUGUUUACAUACCAAAGGUCCUGGACGGUCAACUUAACGGGUUUGCCAUGCAUAGCACUACUGUUACCAACGGGGUCACGACGAGAGAAAGCGAAACCUACGCUGGCCCCAGGGAAACGAUCACGGUGACGAGGAACUUGGCGAAUUUCAUCGCCAAUGUGGAUCCUCAAGUUCUGUCGGUGGACCUCAUGGAUCGGCUGAAGGAGUACCUGCUCGACUACUUGGGUGUCACCAUCGCGGCAGCGAACGACUGGGAGUCCACCGAGCCCAUCUACCAGGGGAUUGCGGCCCUCGGCGCUGCAGGCGGCUCAAACACCGUGGUCCUCAAGGGCCGAAAAUUUACGACGCAGAUGGCCGGUCUGCUCAAUGCGACUUUCGGCCAUUCGAUGGACUUUGAUGAUACGUACGCCGAGGGAAGCUUACAUGCCGGAACCACUGCUUUUUCUGCCGGACUAGCACAGGCAGAGUCACUGGGAAGUGCGCUGGUUGAUAGCAAACGGUUCUUGCUCGCGGUUCUGGUGGGAUACGAGAUCAUCUGUCGCCUUGGACGGGCAUUGGGGAACGAUGCGUAUUCCCGCGGAUUCCACAACACGGGAACCGCAGGCAUCUUCGGUGCUGUAGCCACUAUUGCCGUUCUGAAGCGGUUGUCGACCGACGCGAUCGAAAAUGCUUUUGGGCUGGCUGUUUCGAAGGCCGCGGGGUCCAUGCAAUAUCUGGAAAAUGGGAGCUGGAACAAACGUCUCCACCCAGGAUUUGCGGUCCAUGACGCCUUCGUUUGCGUUGCUCUCGCUGAGGCCGGGGUGGUCGGGGCAUCAAAGAGCAUCGAAGGCCAGUUUGGCUUCUUGCACGCGUUCAGUCCAAAAGUCGACCCCGACCUGGCGUCUCUCUGCGCCGGCCUCGGGGUCCGAUGGACGUGUCUCGAAACGGCCCUGAAGCCAUUCCCGGCCUGCCGGAUGACCCAUGGCUUGAUCGAGGUGGCCGGCCGCCUCGGCUCGUCGUGUCGCCAACGAGACGUCCAGGCCAUCAUGGUGUCCCUCAGCGCGGCGAAUCACAGCGUGGUCGGAACACGCGUCCCGAACAAGAUCCAUCCAGACAACGUCGUGGACGCCCAGUUCUCGGCAUACUUUCAAACCGCCCAUGCGUGGCUGUACGGGUCCAACACGGGCGUUCGAUGCUUUGAACGACUCCGGGAUCCGGCUGUCCACGAAUUAUCAGAGAAGAUCACCUGCACGGUUGACCCUGCCGUGACGGGGAUGGGUGCGAAGAUGCAGAUCUGGUAUGCCGACGGGAAGGAUCAACAGCUGGACAUCCCUUUUCCGCUCGGCGAACCGGAGCAUCCGCUCACCACUAACCAGGUCGAGGCCAAGUUCUUCGACCUUUUGAGCCCGGUUUUUGGAGAAGCGAGAGCAGCAGAGAUCAGGGAUGUGGUCCGUGGAUUGGAGAAACACUCCGUUGUGGAACUCUUGUCGUUAGUUUGUUGA